GGCUUAGCAGACGAGACGCCGAAAUUACAAGUGAGAAAAAUGGCGACAGGAAAGCUGAAAGGAAAACCUUGGAAAAAGUCGAGAAGAGGGACCGGAAUCAAAGGAAUCUAUGAACCAUGUAAUACUGAAAGAAUAGAUGAAAGGAUGAAUGGAUCAGUUAUUGAACAGACAACAUACAUGUCUUUAGAUGUUUUAGCUCAAGUUGCUGCAGAUACUUUGCAGAAUAGUGAAAAGCUUCAAUCAAAAAUUGCAACUAAAAAGAUGUCAAAACGCAGCAUCCAGUGCCUUGAUAUAUUAAACCUUGAGCAGAUCCAAAUGUUGUCUGAAAAAUCUUUGCUUAAUUUCUUCUCUGAGAUGACAUGCAAUGAAAUGACAAGGAACUUUACUUACCAAUGUUUCUUAAUACCAGACAAGUGCUGUGAGAAGUUUACCAGUUUCGGUAAUGAGGCCAAAGCAAAGCUGCAGAUUAGACAACAUUUGGCUGAUCAUAUUCAACAACUUUUGGACGAAGCUAAUGAUACUGAAAGGAAGUAUAGAUUUAUUUUCACUGCUGAACCAGUCCAUGUUCGACAACGGAGACUAUCAGAAAUGGAUAAAAUGAAGAAAAGAAAAUCAGUGUGUGUAAAUAGUAGCCCUCUAAAUCGAAAUAAUCAACAGAGGACACGGCCAUUGCGGAAAACAUUCACCAGUUUAAAGGCUUCCAAAGAAACCCAUUGUGAGAACAAAGUUCCAGUUGAGAAUCCAAAUAUUUGUGACAUUGAUCAAGCACAGAUCUUACCAAGGUGUACUAGAUCUUGGAAGAAACGUAAAGUCUCAGCUGAAAAGAGUGCUGUACCCAACCAAAAUGGUUCCUGUUCUCAAAGAACUACCACCCAGAAACAAUCGUAUCCUAGGAAACAAUUAAAGAAUAAAAAUCCACCCAAGUGCAACAAACCAAAUGCUGUUACCCCACUUUUGAAGUCUCCAAACAAGAUGGAUGUCCCAGCUGAAGAGGAGAACAACAGAACUUCAUUUCCCCAUAUAGAUGAGGAUCCACUUCCCAAAGAUGCUGCAAAAAGAAUUGAAGAAAAUGAACUUUUUAUUGUGGAUCUAUUAAACAGGACACAGCCCUAUCUUGACCAUUGCUACACAACUAUUUUUGGUAAAAAACGUGGAAUCGAAACUUUUCAUCAGCGUCUGGAUGCUGAUGAAUGUAACAAUAACAACAACAUCGACAAUAAAGAAAGGGUUGACUCAGCUGAAAGUGAUAAAGAAGUGGUUCCAAUACUUGAGUUAAGCUUGUGUAAUGCUGGAGAUGUUCCAGAAGUGUCUGUGGAAGAAAUUGUUGAUUGUCCAGAGAUUUUAUUAGCAAGUGAAGAUUCAUUGGGACAUUGUGGACUAAAACCUUAUCCACCAAUGCCAAAAUCAGCUUUAGCAAAGAAGGGGAAAAUUCAAGUGCCUGAAGAAGAGGAAUCAUUUAGUGAAGGUGAAAGGAACCUGGAAGAAUCCAAUGGAAGAAAAAGUGAGGAUAAUGAAAAUGUCAUUGAUGAUUUAGAGAGAAAAACUGCUUUACAUUGCAUCCGAGAACUAAAAGCCCGAAAGAAAGAUGAGAAAAUUUCCCUUACUUGCCAAAUUUGUUUGAACAAAACUUUUACAGCUAGUGCAACACUAAUGUAUCACUAUCGCAGUCAUGCUGGGAUCAAACCUUUUGUGUGCCUUCUAUGCAGAACAUCAUUUACCAGACAACACAGUCUCAAUUAUCAUAUGCUAAUUCAUAAUGACCAAAGUCGAUUCACAUGUAAAGACUGUGGGAGAAAAUUUAGACAUCCGAGCCAUUUUAAGGAACACCUACGGCGGCAUACAGGAGAAACUCCUUUUGAAUGCAAAGACUGUCCUCAAAAAUUCAAAACCCGUAAUACAUAUAAAAGACAUUUGAAAACACGACAUGGGAAAUUGCUAACUGCAACAGGCAUCCAUGUGUUAUCCAAAGAAGAGUUUAUGAAGGUAAGGACCAAACCAUACAAAAAGUAUCAAGGUGUAAAAGACACAGAAGCAGUUGUAGACCAGGUAAACGUUGGAUUAAAUGAAUCAUGAUUGGUUGGUCCUUAUCUGGAAUCCUUGCUGAUAGCAACAUAAAACACUGCUUCACUAUUUUCAUCAACAUCUGCUAUUGUAGUUAAUUCAGCAGAGAUGAAGCAUGGUCUUCUUCCCUACUACAAAGCAUAUCAGUAGGUACAGCAUUACAAACAAAGAUGUGGUCAUUUGUAAAAUGUGUAUUGGCUACAGAAUACUUAACUGUAUCAGUUUGCAAUAUAGGACUUAUUAAUACAUCAGGAAAAUGGCCUUUGUGGUGGACUCUAAUUCUAUAAAACACAGAAUCUCUUGUACAAUUAUUUAAUUGGAUCUUGUCUGAUUGAUUCUUAUCUGGAAUGUAUUUGAAAUGUGAAUUGAUUCAGAUACCAUGUAAAAUACUGAGAAGUUUAGAAUUAUGUGAAGAAAACGAUUCUCCUUCAUGGUUGAGUGAUUAACAAUUCCAGCAAAUAAUAAAUGGAUCUACAGAGUCUUUGAAGCCAUUACCAUGGAAAUUUAUCAAAUAAUAGGGAUGGGGACCAGAAAA